CUACCUUUCGCUAGAGCGGAACUAAACCACAAUACUCUAGUACAGGCAAUUCAAGUUGUGGCGCUAAUCGCAUGGACGCGCAUUCCUCUUUAUAUCUUCCUUCCUCAAGUUCUCUCGGCCCUUCUUCCACUUGAUAACUUUUCUACACCUUCGGUCAACCUAGCCAGGUCCAGCUGCCACAAUGACGACCACCCCGGAGGAACUCUCCCCUCUUUGGAGAAAACUCCCCAUCGAGCUCGUCCAAGGAGUUCUCGCCUACUUCAUCGACGACCUCCUCUCCUCCACCUCAAGCGGCAUUCCCAUCCUCGCCGGCCCGGUAAAGUCCGACGAAGAAGGAAAGAGUCGGGCCGCGGACCUAGACCGCUACGCCAAUGGCCUGGUUCGCCUUUGGCGAAAGUGGCGUCACGACAGCCUGUUCAAGCAUCAGAGAAAACGGAUUGAGCGGCACUUCCGUGACGUCUGGUUGAACGCCAUGACAUUUUACCUUCACGUGGAGGAGGAAGACGUGAAUCAGACGCAUUUCUGUCGGUAUCUGCCUGUUGUGUGGUGUCUCUUUGUAUGGGAGGGACCGGCCGACACGGCGGAAUAUAUCUAUCCUACAAUGCCGCCCGAUGUCUCACAAAGCGCUGGCCACGACCACGACGGUGGGCCGGACUCGGACUCUGAAUGGGCAACCUUUUAACCUUCACGGACCAGUAUACCGGGUAGACGGCC